GCACAGUGCCCGGCGCAGAGAAGGCGCUUGGAUGAGUUAUGCCUGGCCCACAGCAGUCACACCGACGGGAGGCUGAUAGACAAAUCAAAUGCCAGACUGUGGGCAAGAGCAGCAAGAUGCUGCAGCACAUCGACUACAGGAUGAGGUGCAUCCUGCAAGACGGCCGCAUCUUCAUUGGCACCUUCAAGGCUUUUGACAAGCAUAUGAAUUUGAUCCUCUGUGACUGUGAUGAGUUCAGGAAGAUCAAGCCAAAGAACUCAAAACAAGCAGAAAGAGAAGAGAAGCGAGUCCUUGGUCUGGUGCUGCUUCGGGGGGAGAACCUGGUCUCAAUGACAGUAGAGGGACCUCCUCCCAAAGAUACUGGCAUUGCCCGAGUGCCGCUUGCUGGAGCUGCCGGGGGCCCAGGGAUUGGCAGGGCUGCUGGCAGGGGAAUCCCAGCUGGUGUUCCGAUGCCCCAGGCUCCCGCAGGACUGGCGGGGCCAGUCCGAGGGGUUGGUGGGCCAUCCCAACAGGUGAUGACCCCGCAAGGAAGAGGGACUGUGGCCGCUGCUGCAGCUGCUGCCACGGCCAGCAUCGCGGGGGCCCCAACCCAGUACCCGCCCGGCCGUGGGGGUCCUCCCCCACCUAUGGGCCGGGGGGCACCACCUCCAGGCAUGAUGGGCCCACCACCUGGCAUGAGGCCUCCCAUGGGUCCCCCAAUGGGGAUCCCCCCUGGACGAGGAACUCCGAUGGGCAUGCCCCCACCAGGGAUGCGGCCCCCUCCCCCGGGCAUGCGAGGCCUUCUUUGACCCUUGGCCACAGAGUUAUGGAAGUAGCUCCACAGAGGCGUGGGCCCGAUUACCACAGACCUGUUUGUUUGUUAUGCCGUUGUUCUUGGAGUCUCACGGGAUUGUCUGGUUUCCCUUUCAGGGCCCCCUCCCCCGGGAAUGCGCCCACCAAGGCCCUAGGCUCAUCUUGGCCCUCCUCAGAUCCCUGCCUGUUUCCCGUAAGGCUGUACAUAGUCCUUUUACUUCCUUGUGGCCUGUGAAACUAGUUUAUAAUAAACUC